CGUUUUUGAUAAUUGAUAAUUCGACAAAAGCAUCGAUCACCGUGCUGUUCGUGUUCGUUGCCCUGAAAUUAAAGUUAAUUUAUCCAAGUUUCUGAAGAAACGCGCAGUGUGUUAUAUGUUUACAAAAUGUGCGGUGGCUUUACCUGUUCGAAAAAUGCAUUAAUUGCAUUAAAUGUGUUAUAUAUUGUAGUAGCUUUUAUUUUAAUAGGGGUUGCGGUUUACGGUCGUGCGGCUUCCUUGGUCACAAAUUUACCCAUCGUAGGGGGUAUUUUAGCAUGUGGCAUAAUACUCAUUCUGAUCUCAGUCCUAGGACUCCUGGGUGCUGUGAAACACCACCAGGUGAUGCUUUUCUUUUACAUGGUUAUCUUGUUUUUGUUGUUCUUGAUCCAAUUCUCGGUCGCUUGCGCUUGCUUGGGUGUUAAUAUUUCUCAGCAAGAACAGUUAGCGGAACAAGGGUGGAGCCGGGUGGAUAAUGCUACACGGAAUGAAGUACAAGAAGUCUUCACCUGCUGUGGCUUUGAUCCAGUUGUUGAUAAAACCACACCUCAUCCUAGUUGUGAAAACAUCGCCAUGAGAUGUUGUAUCACGAAUGAUAAAAACUGUGUUUGUCCUCCUUGUAUGAAAAAAUUGCAACACACAAUCAACUAUGCAUUUAAGUUGUGUGGUUGGAUUGGGCUGUUUUUCAGCUUAACUGAGAUAGCAGGUUUAGUUCUGUCACGAAGGUAUCGGAAUUUAGCUGAUCCUGACGAGAAGCUAGCGACAGCGAUUUUUCCUCGCCAUAAUUUUACGUACUGAUCUAGUCACUAUUACUGUGCAAAUUUUGAGUGAUUUGUCUUGAUCUAUGCCAUACCAAAGACAUCAUCUAUAUAUUCCAUUUUUUAAUAAAGGCUGCAGUUUAUCAUGCCAUUUGUGAUUGUUUUUAUACGCAUUUGCGUCUGUUGUGUUCUCUUUACGUUUAGUUGAACGCAUUUUUGUAUCAUCGUUUAUAAACUUUCGUAACUAGUCUUCAAAUACAUAUUUGAUGUUCUUCGACAAUUCAUAUGUGUAUUCCAUGUUAUACCAGUGUACAUUUCAUUAAGCUGACUACCACGUUUUUCAUAAAGGCCAGUUUUCAGUGGUGGUUUAGUACAAUAUCGUGUAUCGUAUCUUUCUAGUAAAGUGAGUGUAAUAAAUUUAACGACAAUUAUGAGCCACACUAGCGCAACUGGCCUUUACACUUAGAUAUUAACUAGUUAAUAACUGUGGAACCAGUGUUUCAAGGCUGUUAUUAGGAGCAUAUAUUUUAAUAAGACAACUUCUUAUAUGUGUUUUCAAAUGUAGAUCUAAUCAUAAUUAGUAAAAUGUACGAACGUGUAAAACAUGUCUUGAGGUUUUUUACUUAGAGACGAGCAUACAAUUGCUAACUCGCUGUCACUUUUAUCGCCUAAAUAGUGCUUUUCUCUAAAGUAAAGGCCUUGUUCAUACUAGGAAAAUCUGUAUUUAGAACAAAGACGAAAUAUUUUGUAUCCAUCAAUUCAACUGAGCCAGUUGUGUAUUUGUACGUUCACAACUAAGGCAUGUAGUAAAUAUGUGGUUGGGUUUAAAUUUAUGUAGUCUAGCUGCGUAUAUUUUUAUUUAGUGGUUGUAAAUAAUUAACGUGCCUUGUAAUUAUAGAACUGAAUUGUGGGUAAGUCGACAUGAGAUUUUUUACCGUUUUUAGUUGAGAUUGUAUACACAAGACUUCUUUUAUUUAUAUAUUUAUGAUUUUUGCUUUUAUUACGUCUACGCAACUGGCCCUUGACCAUCGAAAAUCCUAUCAAAGAAAUACAGAUCGUAGUAACAAUGUGUCUAUUUCAUAUACAGUAAAUAUUUUAGUGAGUAUUUGCUCAGUGCAUGAAUUUGCUCAUUCAUUACACUAUCUAAUUUCGUUUUAACUUCCUAUUUAUUGUUUCUUUUUCGUGUACCUCUAAUUUAUAGCUUGUAAUUGUAGUUGCUGAAUAAAUUAUGUGAUUAAA